AGUUUAACAGACAAAGGGAAAAAAUGAUAUAAAGACAUAGCUCAGAUGAUUCAAGACCUUUUCAAUAAAAACCAGCUGUUCAAGAGUAUCUCUGACCAGAGCCAGACAGAGUUGAGGCUUGGAUCUAACUAACGACCGACGCAGAUUCUUCUGCAGCAAUGUCGGUGUUAGAAGAAAGCCGACCAUUUGCUCAACAGUUAUCCAAUGUCUACUUCACGAUCCUCUCACUUUUCUGUUUUAAGCUUUUUGUGAAAAUCAGCCUGGCCAUCCUUAGCCAUUUCUACAUCGUGAAAGGCAACCGCAAGGAAGCGGCCAGGAUAGCAGCUGAAUUUUAUGGAGUAACUCAAGGACAAGGUUCUUGGGCAGAUCGAUCACCACUACACGAAGCUGCAAGUCAAGGGCGUCUUCUUGCUUUAAGGACAUUAUUAUCACAGGGUUAUAAUGUAAAUGCAGUAACCAUAGAUCACAUCACCCCAUUGCAUGAAGCCUGCCUGGGAGAUCAUGUUGCAUGUGCCAGAACUCUUCUAGAAGCUGGAGCUAAUGUCAACGCAGUAACCAUCGACGGCGUGACUCCAUUGUUCAACGCGUGCUCGCAAGGCAGUGCAAGCUGUGCCGAACUUCUUCUGGAAUAUGGAGCCAAAGCCCAGCUGGAGUCCUGCUUUCCAUCUCCCACACAUGAGGCUGCCAGCAAAGGUCACCAUGAAUGCCUGGACAUACUGAUAGCUUGGGGCAUAGAUGUUGACCAGGACAUUCCUCACUUGGGCACUCCUCUCUAUGUAGCUUGUAUGGCACAGCAAUUCCAUUGCGUCUGGAAGCUUCUUUAUGCUGGUGCUGAUGUUCAGAAAGGCAAGUAUUGGGACACUCCAUUACAUGCGGCUGCUCAACAGUCCAGUACAGAAGUGGUAAACUUACUGCUGGAAUUUGGAGCAGAUAUCAAUGCCAAGAAUACAGAGCUUCUGCGACCUAUUGAUGUAGCUACAGCUAACAGUGCGAUGGAAAGAAUACUACUUCAACAUGAAGCUACCCCAAGUUCUCUCUGCCAACUUUGCCGACUGUGUAUCCGAAACUACAUUGGGAGACCCAGAUUGCACCUGAUAUCAGAACUCCAGCUGCCAACCUUACUACAGAAUUUCUUACAGUAUCGAUAAGGUGGUAAAAUAACUAAAAAUUCUGUGAAAAUCAGAAAUUCCUACUUCAUUUGCAUAAUGAAUGCUUCAUAUUAAGAUGUAAUUAAGCAUAAGGUAAUAGUAUGAGACAGAGAAGCAGUAAAACACCAAUUUUCACCUUAAAUAUUCUAGUUAGUACAGUUGUUUUAUGAAUUUUUACUGUAUUUUUGAUUGUAAUACAUUUAAAUACCUAUACAUAGUCACUGUUCUCAUACAUCCUCUAGUUAACUAAGGAAAAAAAAAGAUUGGGAAAUUCUCCAUUUUGUGUUUUUUCAAUGACAAAAACAUUACUUAUUAAAAAGUUUUUUAAUUAUUGACUCCAAUUGUAUUAUAUUUUAAAAGAUCUCUAUGUCCCAAAAUAGUUUAAGGGUAAUUUUCACUCCUGUCAUUGGUUGUCUGUGUUUUAAUAUUGACAAAAUUGAGUACAAUGUAGAAAUGACAGUUUAUGUUCUUUUUGAAUAAAGAUGUAUCUCUUUCAAAACAUC